AAUCAGUGCACUGUGACAAGAAAUGUCGAAAACGCUCCUUUCUCUCGACUCGCAUGGCAUGCAUCCGAAUUGAAUCGCCCAAUUUUCGCAAUCUCAAUUGAAUUUCCGUCUGUGUAUGCUACCAAUCGUAUUUACGUGCUAUGGAACCUCUUCCAGCCCAGCUAUUGGCAUCAUCGCCGCCGCAGCGCUACUCUAUGAGGCGAUACAAUCACCGGAACAACCGCGGGGAGGGCGGGGGACCCGUGGAAAUGACGAAAGAGCCUUUGCACUCUGAAGGCGGUGACGGAAGCGCCACCGAAGAGAGGCGAGGAGGAGGCGAGGUGCGCCGCGCAACAAUCGAUUGCAACCUCGCGUCGCUGUGCGAUCACAUUCAAUUGGAAGGGUUUAAUUUUGGAGUCUUCUCCGACGUAGUCUUGAAUGCCAUGGGGUCGAGUUAUUAUCUCCAUCGCCUUAUACUUUCUCGGAGUUCUUACUUCCGGAACAUGCUUCAGGGGCCAUGGAAAGAAGCCAAUGCUCCAGUCUUGACCUUGCACGUAGAUGAUAACAACGUAAAUGUUGAAGCAAUGAAGAUAGCUUUGGCUUAUCUUUAUGGACAUUAUCCAAAGCUUAAUGAUGCUAAUGCAUUUCGAGUUUUAGCUGCUGCAUCUUUUCUUGACCUUCAGGAUUUGUGCACGAUCUGCACAGACUUCAUCAUAGCCAACCUGUGGUCUUCAAACUUCUUGACAUAUCAAGUAUUUGCUGAGGGCCAAGAUUACGGCACACAUGGAGAACGUGUUAGAAAUGCUUGCUGGGGAUAUCUCUGCCAAAGUGGUGCUCGAGAAUUGAAAGAGGUGCUUCCUAAACUUUCUGCCCAAACAUUACUAGCUUUACUUACAUCUGAUGAACUAUGGGUACCCAGUGAAGAGAGACGGUUUGAACUCGCACUAUACUCUUUUCUUGCAAAAUGUGCACUUUACAAAGCAGAAGAUCAUGAGCAAGGAAGUUCAAGUUGUGAAGAUGCAUCAAGCAGCCAUUCUGAUUCUUCCAAAGCAAACAGGAAACAUUUGCGAGAAGAAAGCGCGAACAAAACACUAAAAACUGAACAAGGGCACCCAAAAUCAAAAGAUGAGGUUGAAGGCCAUGAUACUGCUCGUAAUAUCUUGAUUGAGCUUGCAAACUCUGUUGUGGAUUCUCAUUCUGAUGUUCCCAACAUCAACAGAACCCAAAAAACCUGCUGUGAAUCCACUUUGGAGUCAAGAUACAAUUGUAACACUGAAAGAUCUUCAGAAAGUCAUAUGUUUUGCACAGAUAACCUUAAUGCCUCAGGUUCUCAUCAUAACGUACAUGUUGGUGCUGGAAUGAGUGGAUUGGAAAACAAAGGUUUCAACUUUGAGGGUCCAUCCGAUGAGGAUUCUUGCUAUGAAGUGAACACUAGUUGGCCUUCGGGAGAGCAAAUGCACGGCAUGUCAGUGAACUCUUCCAGUAAUUUCCUAAUGUCCACUGAAUUUGAAAGAAGCAACACGUCGCCUCCAACAUGGGGUGGUAGGAUUGUUGGUAGAAGACAGUUGAAAACUUGCCCAACACGGCAAUGUGGAAUGAGCCGAGAAGAAUAUGAUUCUUUUGUAAAUAUUUUUGAAGGGGGUUCUCUUCUGUAUUGUAACAUGACGUUUGAAGCCCUCUUGAAUGUUCGAAAACAUCUUGAAGAAAUGGGCUUCCCCUGCAAAGCAGUGAAUGACGGUCUGUGGUUGCAGAUGCUCUUAAGCCAGAGGGUGCAGGAAAUCGGUGCAGACACGUGCAAGAACUGCAGUCACAUGAAUAUCGUAUGUGUGUGUAGACAGCAAUUUGGGUAUUCCAAUGGAGUUACAGCUGCUGGAUACUAUGUGGCAGAUAACGAACAUGGAAGUUUGCCCUCCAAUGAUAUAGGGCAUGCUUAUGUCACCACUUCUGCUCCACCAGAUAGAAAUGCCCCCCCUAGGCCAGUUCGUGUCCAUGAUAGGGGCCCUAUUGAUGGCCUAGCUGGCAUUGGACGUGGGAACACAUUCGUACCUACACCUGCAUGGCCACCAACUCGUUACGUCUUUUCUCGUGUUCCAUUUGGUAUUGGGAGCCGAAGCAAUCAGCAGCCACCUUCUAAUGAUGAUGCUGAAAACAGAGCUGAAAACAACAGUGACCUUGCAGGGGAUGGGUUGACAGCCUUGUUUGGGCUCAGUCAGGGAUCAAAUGAUGCAGCUAAUGUGCACGUCGUUGAAAUGGGAAGAGAAGAUGAUUCAGGCCCACAGAGUAGGCUUUCAAGAUCCUUCAGUCCUGGAUCGAGUGCCAUUGGUGUUCCUGUGCAAGUGAUAGACUCAUCUGAGCAGGCCAUGGGUAUUGAGUGGCAAAAUGCUAACAGCUCUAUAUCACUGGACCUGAAGACACCUUUGAGUCACUUUCCUCCCUUUCGCUUUGCGGUUGAGUUUCAGGAUGUGCACAGAUUGAGCGAUGGCCAAGUUAAGCACUCUCCUGAAGCAUUUUACGCUGGUUCCUUAUGGAAGGUUACUGUUCAGGCUUUUAGUGAUGAAGAUCUUCAAGGACGUCGAACUCUUGGGCUGUUUCUUCAUAGGCGGAAGGCAGAGAUCUGUGAUCCACUGAGGAAGGUUCAGUAUGUCGACUCCAGGGAAAAGGUUACUGCUCGAUAUCAGUUGAUAUGUCCAUCAAAACGCGAAGUGAUGGUUUUCGGAAGCUAUAAGCAAACAGGCACACUUCUCCCAAAAGCCCCCAAGGGAUGGGGCUGGCGAACAGCCUUGUUAUUCGAUGAACUUGGCGAUCUUCUACAGAAUGGUGCCCUUCGAGUUGCUGCUGUCGUUCAGCUUAUCUGAUCACUUCUCCGAGGAAUUGAAGCUGAACCUGAUUUUUGCUACCUGAGUCAUAUGAACAGUUAGAUCUACCCCCUACCCUACCCCUUAAGUCAUAUGUUGUGUUUUACAUGUUCAUCUCAAGUACAUACAUAAUUCCUACUGAUUUUGCAAUGUUUUCCCAAAGUAUGUACAUAAUCAUAUUACUCAUCAAAAUGAUUUCUAUCCAACACUAGAUUUUGGGGAGGCAA